AUGUUUUUCAAGAAAACACUCAAUAGAAGAGAGCAUGCUAUUAAGUUAACAUCCUCUGCAAAUGUACUAGAUCGCAAGAAAAUUCACAGUGGAAAAGUUGUUGUUGUGACUGGAUCUACAUAUGGGUAAGUCUAACAUAUAUUUAUAAUUGGGGAUUUUUUUUUUUUUUUUUUAAAUUAUGUGCAUAUAUAGCAACAAUCAAACUUUUGAAUGCAUCAGCGGUUCCCAAACUGUGUGCCACGCUGUAUCUCACACACACACACACACACACACACACUACUUCACCUAUCUCCACAACAGCCCCUAUCCCAGCAGUUCUUAAACAGUUUGAAUACUUAUCCUGGGAGGGCACCACAGCACAACUGGUACCAAAACCACUACAGAGUGCUGUAGUAGUUAUUGUGCCUGGAUUGUUUCUUUAAAUAAUCUACCAGUGCCCCUCCUAAGCUUAGGUUCUGGGUCUGGAAAAAUUUCUGCUGAACAGGGGCCCAGUAUAUGCCCCAGCACUGUACAUAUAUUCAACCUGGAAAUUUGUUUUGAUUUGGGGUGCCUUGGGAAUAUAGUAAAAUAUUAUGAGUGCCUUGAUCCUAAAAAGUUUGGGAACCACUGGACUACAUAAUAGUAUAUAGUAUAAAAGCUAAUUGUAAAAAAGCUGCCUAUUAAGAUGCAACAUGGAAUUACAUAACAUCUUUUCAAUUUUUAAACAGUAAUGAUGAGGGUAAUGAAGGCAGUUUUAGAACAUUCUAUUAUUUCAUCAAAGUAGUGUGCAGUAUCACUGAGAGUCACAUGAGCCUCAUCUUGUGGCAUUAACAUUGUUUUUCUUUUUGUUGUAACAUGCAGAAUCUACAUUCUAAGUCUGCAUUAUUUUGCUAUGCAGUACCAAAUUAUUAUUAUUAUUAUUAUUAUUAUUACUAUUACUAUUAUUAUUUAUAUGGUGCUACCAUACUCCACAGUGCUUUACAAUUAUAUAAGGGGAAUAAUUUAUACCAAGCAGUUGAAACACAAAAUAUUAAGAGACAAGAGGUAAAGCAGACAUACUGCUCUGGAGAGGAAGUAGAUCUCUAUUGGAAGAAAGACGAGACAGGGGGAUAGGAUAGAAACAUUGAAAUACAUAAAGACAUAAAGGGAAUCAACACAGUAAAGGAGGAGACUAUAUUUAAAAGACGAAAAACUACCACAACAAGAGGACAUAGUCUUAAAUUAGAGGGACAAAGGUUUAAAAAUAAUAUCAGGAAGUAUUACUUUACUGAGAGGGUAGUGGAUGCAUGGAAUAGCCUUCCAGCUGAAGUGGUAGAGGUUACCACAGUAAAGGAGUUUAAGCAUGCGUGGGAUAGGCAUAAGGCUAUCCUAGACUUAAGAUAGGGCCAAGGACUAAUUAAAGUAUUUCAGAAUUGGGUAGACUAGAUGGGCCGAUGGAUCUUAUUUGCCAUCACAUUCUAUGUUUUUAUGUAAGUAGGCACUAGGAAUGUGAAUUACAGUUACUAGGUUGCUCACAGCUAGUGAAGGUAGAUUUUAUUUUAACCCAGGUCUAAAAAUGCCAACUCACAUAUAUUAGAGCUCUUGCCAGCCCUGGAUAAAAUAGCGUGUGGUAUUCAGUCCCACCUUGUAGGAUACCCCCCUGGGGCAGCGGCGGAUCCAGGUGGGAGGGCAACGGGGAAUAUGCCCCCCCCCCCGAGAUCCGAUGCUCUAUCCCGCAGAGCUGGUGCUAUCCAAGUGCCGGCCCUGCUAAGUGCCUUCACGGACUGGAGGGGAGAUCAAAUAUCUCCCUCCCCAGUCUGCAGGCACAUUGCUGGGCGACCGGCAGGGAGGGAGGAGGGAGAGGAGACCAGGGAGCUCUUACCUCCAGCUGAGCUCCGCCGGGUCUCCUCUCGCGAGCACGGAGCUUUGCCGAGGUUAUCGCGGCAACUCUCCGUUCUCGCGAGAGUGAACUCUAGCAGGCUAGAGUUCACUCCCCACUAGAACUACCAGGGAUUCCACCGGACCACCAGGGAUUGGAAAUAAUAUCCCCCCUCCCAAGCAAACGUAAGAAGGGAGAGGGGAUAUAAAUAAUAUAAAAGAAUGUAUUUUUAAUUAAAAAAAAUACAUUUGUUUUGCUCUGCCCCCUCCAACUACACACACACUUCCCCCACAGCCCCCCACACAGACUUAUCCUCCACACACACACACAGUGCUCCCCACACACACACUUCUCCCCCAUACACACAGUGCUCCCCUUACAAAUACUGCAUCCCUACACACUUCCCCCAACACACAUGCUGCACCCCCCCACACAUCUCCCACACACAAACUCACCCCCAUACACACAGUGCCCCACCAUACAAACACUGCACCUCCACACACUACACCCCCAUACACACAGUGCUCCUCCAUACACACAGUGCUCCCCCAAACAAACAUUGCACCCCAUACAAACACUUCCCCAACUGCACUCCCAUACACACACUGCCCCCACUACACCCUCAUACACACACUGGGCCCAUACACACACAGUGCUCCCACAUCACCCCACAUAUACACACUGCACUCCCAUGCACACACUACACCCCUCACAUAAACACACGCUGCCUCCUACACACAGUGCUCCCACUGCACCCCCAUACACACACUGUACCACAUGCACUGCCUCCUGUACACACACACACACACUCUGCACCCCUCACACACUGCCUCACAUACCCACCCUGCAUCCCUCACACACUCAGUGCCUCCUAUACACAAACACACACACACACAUUACUAGAGGCCCUAUCCCCUACUACAUCCCCUAUCGUGGCUGACCCCAGGUAAAUUGUCAAACUGAUAUUGAGAUAGAGAGAUGAUAAAUAAAUAAUAAUAAUAAAAAAAAUAUAUAUAUAUAUAUAUAUAUAUUGUGAUGCUUGCACUCCUGGAUUAGAAUAUCAGUGCCUGGUGCUGGUCAGGCACAAAAUACAGGAAAAAAAUGAAAAUGGCCGCACUCUAAGGACUUAGUAUAGGUAAUAAUAAAAUAUAACUUAAUUUAUGACAUAAAAAAUAUAUUGGCAUUUCAGCCCCAAUACAUGGGCUUUCCUCAGAAUGGCAAUAAUAAAUAUAUUAUUAUAAUAAUAUAACUAUAUAUAUAUAUAUAUAUAUAUAUAUAUAUAUAUAUAUAUACACACAUUUGAUAGCAUCAAUUAUGACAAUUUGGUGCCAAAAUGACAUCGUCACGUGACUCUAGUUAGCAACACAAAACACUCACUAGACUAACUUUAAAUAUUGUUUAUAGGUGCAUAGUAUUAAUAUAAACAGAGAAAAAGGAUUUGGGGGUGUAGCUUGUGUGUCAUUUAGUAAAUAAUGCACAGCAUUAUGGGAAAUGUAGUCAAAAUAAACUUUUUAGAUCUUCAUAUUUAAUUAAAGGACCACUAUAGGCACCCAGACAACUGCAGCUUAAUGAAGUGGUCUGGGUGCCUGGUCCAGCUAGGGUUAACCCUUUUUUUUUUUUUUUUAUAAACAUAGCAGUUUCAGAGAAACUGCUAUGUUUAAACUGAGGGUUAAUCCAGCCUCUAGUGGCUGUCUCUUUGACACCCGCUAGAGGUGCUUGCGUGCUUCUCACUGUGAAAAUCACAGUGAGAAGAUGCCAGCGUCCAUAGGAAAGCAUUGUAAAUGCUUUCCUAUGAACUGGCUGAAUGCGUGCGCGGCUCCUGCCACGCAUGCACAUUCAGCCGAUGACGUCACUAGAAAAGAGGAGGAAAGCUCCCCGCCCGGCGCUGGAGAAAGGUAAGAUUUUAACCCCUUCCUCUCUCCAGAGCCCAGCGGGAAGGGUUGGGGCACCCUCAGGGCACUAUAGUGCCAGGAAAACUAGUAUGUUUUCCUGGCACUAUAGUGGUCCUUUAAAGAUGGAAACAAACCCGAGAACUUAAAAAAAAAAAAGUAUUCUUGGAGUAAAGACGAGAGAAGGGGGAAAUGAUAGAAACCGUUAAUUACAUAAAGCUAAUCAACACAGUAUUGAAGGAGACUAUAUUUAAAAACUACCACAACAAGAGGUCAUAGUAUUAAAUUAGAGAGUUAAAGGUUUAAAAAUAAUAUCUGGAAAUAUUACUUUACAGAGAGAGUAGUCGACCCAUGGAAUAGCCUUGCAGCUGAAGUGGUAGAGGUCAACAAAGUGAGGUAGUUUAAGCAUGUGUGGGAGAAGCAUAAGGCUAUCCUAGAUGUAAGAUAAGGCCAGUGACUGAUGAAUGCAUUUUGAAAAUUGAUCAAACAGUUCUUAUCUGCCGUCCCAUUCUAUGUUUCUAUGUUCUAUGUUUCAAUGUACCAACACAGAGGGAUAUCCUGCAAGUGGGGAUUGAAUACCACUGCAAGCUAUUUUAUCCAGAGCUGGUUAUAGCUCUAAUAUAUGUGAGUUGUCAUUUUUAGACCUUUAUGUUGAAUUUUUUAGAUGGUUAUUUCUUCUCCUGUACUUAAUUUGUAUUGUAAUAUUUGGUGCAUCCUGGUCUUCUGGUCUGCUUUUACCAGUUGUUCUUAGGCGUAAAAAGGGAAUUUUCUAUUUUUCAGGAGUACUGCCUCCCUAUUUUUUGUUCAGCUGUUCAGCGCUGUUCCACUUCCUUUUUUGUGUAUUUUGUCUGCAUAUAAAUUAAGCUGAGAGAAUUGUCAUAUAUUUUUCACAUAUUUUAAUACAAUAUUUUACUUUUAAAAUUGUAUCAUUUUUGCCUUUUUUUUUUGUUCUUACUACAUUUAUGGAUCUAUUCUGUAAACUUUUUCUCUACAUGUUGAAUAAAUGCUAUUAAUUCAUAUUUUAUUAUUUAUAUAUUAUCUUAUAAUUGUGUGUAUAUAUGUGUGUGUGUGUGUAUGUAUGUAUGUAUGUAUAUAUAUAUAUAUAUAUAUAUAUAAUUUAUGAUAAAUUAUAUUCUCUGGUUCUUUUGAAAUAUUGUAUUUAUGAAUACGUCAAAAUGUUACAUUUUUAUUGUUUGCAAAAAUUAGGAAAAUUAUUUUACAUUUUGAAGCAGCUGUGAAUAUUUUUUGUCUUUUUGUUUUCAGACAUGUAUGAAAUAGUUAAAGGAAAACUGAAGGGAUUUUCCAUAUACUUAGUUUCAUCAUCACAAUAUAAAUCUAUAUAUAUAUAUAUUUUUUUUUUUUUUAGAAUUGGGCUAGCUAUAGCACGCCGCUUUGCAGAGGAUGGGGCACAUGUGCUAUUAUCUAGUCGCCUUCAGAAGAAUGUGGACGUAGCUGUAAAGCAACUUCAAGAGGAGGGCCUGAGUGUUACUGGAAUAGUUUGCCAUGUGGGUAAUAGAGAAGACAGAGAAAGACUACUGACAAAGGUGACAAAAGAUGAAGGAGACUAA